CGGGGUUCACAAUACUAAAAAUGCAUCACGUAUCUUUUUGGUAUUUCAGGCUGUUGGUUAUAGCUGCAACCGUAACAUAUGUACUGGCCGUUUUAUGUUACACCUGCAUUGGAGAUGGGUGUGGGGAUCCGUUUGACGAAAGCCAAGCCAAACAACAAUCCUGUAACGGAAGUUGUCUGAAGGAAAUUAAAAACGAUCAUGUUCAGAGACAUUGUAUGGAAAGUUUUGGUUUCCCAUUUGACGACGAGUGUAUUAUCAAGGUAGGAGGAACAGAAACCUGCUUCUGCUCCACGGAUUUAUGUAACGGAUCCGACAAAAGAAACAUUUCACUAAUUAGUGUGAUAAUGUCUUUCCUCGCAUUUGUUUGGUUGAAGUAAUGAACGAUGAUAAAAAAAAAUUUACUUCCCACAAAAUACAACGAUAAAGGUGUAUAUUACUUUUAUAUGUUCUAUAAAUAGCUUUGAAUGCCUUUCUCUUACAAGCAACAUAGAAGUAUAUUCACAACAGUUUUUUCUUCUUCU